AACCUGACGUUAAGCACAAGUCACACGUAUUUAAAAUGAUGAAUUAUCCACGGAUGAGGAAUAGAGGUUUCAUAAUAUAUUAUAAUUGGUUCACCGUGAGUCUUGUAUUCUAUGGUCUAUCCCUAAGCACUUCAGAACUUCCAGGAGACAACGAUUUCUUGAAUCUGUCUCUGUCUGGAUUGGUAGAAUUUCCUGGAUUUCUUUUCUGCAUUCUGUUGAUGGACCGGUUAGGACGGCGUGCUUGCCUAUGCAUGAGCAUGAUCUUCUGCGGGGUGCCUUGUAUAGUGGCUGCCGUUAUACCCAAGGAAGCAGGUUUAGAUUGGUUAGUCAUUACGCUGUCCAUGAUUGGCAAAGCCUUCUCUGGCGCAUCCUUCGUCCUUGUGUACAACUACUCCGCUGAGGCAUUCCCGACUGUGAUAAGGAAUGGAGUGGUUGGAGUUAGUUCCAUGUUUGCCCGUGUCGGAGGAAUUCUUGCUCCUCUAGUUAAUUUAUUGGGUUCGUACACCUCCAAGCAAGUCCCGCCAAUCGUUUUUGGGGUCUGCGCCUUAGUUGCCGGCCUUUUGGCCUUGUUGCUUCCAGAAACACUUGGCGUGCCAAUGCCGGAAACCCUAGCACAAGGUGAAGCUUUUGGCACACCCGAAUAUUACAGCGUUUCCGGCGAAAAAGGUAACGGCUCAGCAAAGCAGCUGGAGAAUGACAAGGACAAGAUGGGGGAGACCAAUGGAUACGAAAGCGUAGCGCUGAAGGAAAGCGAAGGUCAUGACUCCCCGUCCUCUGAUGAUGAUCAAGCGCACGACAACGUAUGAUGGGUCUUUGAAACAUGGCCGACAUUUGUUGGAUAGUCUAAGGUUUAAUUUCAACAUUUCUUUUCACUUGUAUUUUAAGCAGUAGAGUUAUAUCUUUAAAAUAUAUUAACACAUCACUUUACAUCCAGUGUGCAAAUUUACUUUUAGCUCAACUAGUAAACAAAAUUUAUUUUUGUCAUAAAGCAUAAUGGUGCCUUUUAUAUGUAUACUAAGAGUAUUUGCAUUUGUUUCAUACUAGUUGUAAACUAAAUAGUUGCAUUCUGCGGUUAUUUAAUUUUUAGUUCAUAUUGGACCAGAGUAUAUCUUUUAUCUUUUCAUUCAAUAAAUCAAUAAAUUAAAAAAUAAAUGUUUCUAGUUUGAAUUCUUCUUAUGAAGAGCAUUUUUGAAGAAAGUUGAAUAACUUUCAGUAAAAGCUACACAUUUUCCAUAUAAGUAAUAUGAUAUAUACAUACUCUCAUGAUGGGACCAUUUUUGGCAAAAAGUAUCCUGAACUUGAAACUCUUGCAAAAGAUCUUGCCAAAAGGCGGUUUCAUAUGUAGGCCUAAGCAGAUAGUGUUCAAGCAGUCCGCACUGGACCGUGAGGGUCAGGGAAGAGAAUUCUGACCAAUGCGUCUUUAUGCACAGGUUAAUCGGAUGUUAAGGGGAUUU